AUGAGAGGAUUUCCACUACUUGCGACCGUCGUGCUAGCAGCCUUGGUUGGAAGCAGCAGUGCAGCUUCCAUCCGAAAGGUGACUGUGAUGAGUGCUACUUGCAAGGGAGCUUCUGGACCAUUUCCGAACCCAGACAGCUGCAGAAGCUUCCUACAAUGUGAGCCAUCAGGCGUUGCAACCGUCAUCCCAUGCCCAGCAAACCUCGAGUUUAAUCCAAAUCUGAGGGUGUGUGACUUCCCAGAGAGAGCUGGUUGCUCCUCAUCACCGUCUGCACCAGCUGACGACGACAAUGGAAAUGGUGGGGGAUCAGAUGAUAACGGAGGCGAUUCACCAGAUCCACCAUCUGGCGACGCCCCCACCUGUCCCCCAUGGAAUCCUAAUGACGUCACCCAGCUGCCAAAUCCGAAUGACUGCAGCAGCUUCUACAAGUGUGACGAGAACGGCGUUGCCUGGGUCAUCGAAUGCCCAGCCGGUCUCGAAUACAAUGCAGAGCUGAGAGUGUGUGACUACCCAGAAACUGCUGGUUGCUCAUCGUCUGCACCAAGCAACCCAUCUGAUGAUACACCUUCUGAGGGGGGUGAAAAUAAUGGAAAUUCUGACGGAGGUAAUGAUGUGAGUCCAAAUCCACCAGCUGGAGAUGCUCCUACUUGUCCAGCUUGGAAUCCAAACGACGUCACACAGUUGCCCAAUCCCAGUGACUGCAGCAGCUUCUACAAAUGCGACGAGAAUGGUGUGGCUUGGCUCAUACCAUGCCCAGCUGGACUCGAGUACAAUGCAAACCUGAGGGUAUGCGACUACCCAGAGAGUGCUGGUUGCUCAUCGUCUGCUGAUCCAAGUAACCCAUCUGGCGACGAUUCCUCUAAUGGCGGUCAAGACAACGGAAAUACUGGCUCUGGUAACGGCGAAAGCCCACAGGAUCCUGCUGCAGAUGCUCCAGCAUGCCCACCUUGGAAUCCGGAUGACGUCACUCAGUUGCCUAACCCUAGCGACUGUGACAGCUUCUACAAGUGCGACGAGAACGGAGUUGCCUGGUUGAUACCAUGCCCAGCAGGCCUCCAAUACAACGCCGAGCUGAGAAUGAGUGCAACUUGCAAGGGAGCUUCUGGGCCAUUUCCGAACCCAGACAGCUGCAGAAGCUUCCUACAAUGUGAGCCAUCAGGCGUUGCAACCGUCAUCCCAUGCCCAGCAAACCUCGAGUUUAAUGCGAAUCUGAGGGUGUGCGACUUCCCAGAGAGAGCUGGCUGCUCCUCAUCACCGUCUCCACCAGCUGACGACGACAAUGGAAAUGGUGGGGGAUCAGAUGAUAACGGAGGCGCUUCACCAGAUCCACCAUCUGGCGACGCCCCCAGCUGUCCCCCAUGGAAUCCUAAUGACGCCACCCAACUGCCCAAUCCGAAUGACUGCAGCAGCUUCUACAAGUGUGACGAGAACGGCGUUGCCUGGGUCAUUGAAUGCCCAGCCGGUCUCGAAUACAAUGCAGAUCUGAGAGUGUGUGACUACCCAGAAAAUGCUGGUUGCUCAUCAUCUGCACCAAGCAACCCAUCUGAUGAUACACCUUCUGAGGGGGGUUAA